UCCUGUUCUGGGAACAAAGCGGGUCCUCCCUUCGCCCAAGCCUGUGUCCCAAGGAGCGGAGUCUUGGAGCCCAGCUCUGAGACAUGCGUUCACCAAGGCGCUGCCGAGGUCGGCUUGGGGCAGGGACGGGUUUGUUUGGCUGCGCAGACUCCCCAGGCCCGGCGAGCCUGUUCAGAGGGGUGUUGUCGGAAUUCAGCAAAGCCCAGGUGAACUCUGUGCCCACCGAGGGACUGAGCCCAGAAACGGAGGUUCCCGUGCUGCAGGCCUCACUCACCCUCCACGGCCUGGACACCAGCACACCCCCGCCCUUUGAGGUACCUGCGGAGCCCCACCCUGCCCAAGCAUCCCCUGGGACCCGAGAUGGGGCCCACACGGGGGAGCCUCUUUCCCAGGCGCCUGGCCCUGGGGGCUGGCUGAAGCUGGGCAUGGCCCAGGCUGUCCUUUCGGGGAGCACUUCAGGCCAGCAGCCUCCUAGUCCUGUGAGAGAGGCAACCAGAGCAGUUGGCCAAGGAAGUGGCCAGCGGAAGCCCCUGGAGGAUGACAGACCUCGGCUGAGCCUUGUGGUUCCCUCACCCACCAGUCCGAUAAACACAAACUGGAUCUCAGAAGAUGACUUCUACCAGCCUCCCCGGGAACAGCCCGUGGAGAGUCCUUCCGAUGCCUCUGUAGGUUCUCCCAGAGGGACUCCAGAGUCAAGGCCUGGUCUCCUCACGCAAGGACCAAGAAGAAGCUGUUCCUUGGAGGCCUUGGACAAAGCUUGCGUGCCUUCCCCAGGAAGCAGGAGAGGUGAGGCCACCCCGGCACCAGAGCAUAAUGACUUCAGGGUGGUGCAUCGCAGGCAGAUGGGGCUGUCCAACCCAUUCCGGGGGCUCCUGAAGCUGGGCACGGUGGAGCGGCAGGGGGCCAUGGGCAUCUGGAAAGAGCUCUUCUGCGAGCUCUCCCCGCUGGAGCUGCGCCUCUGCCUGAGCGGCGAGGAGGGCACCUGCGUGGAGAACUGCUCGCCGCUGCGCUGCAAAUCUGUGGGGCCGGCCCACAGCGACGGCCGCUUCGAGCUGGUCUUCUCGGGCAAGAAGCUGACCCUGCGUGCCUCGUGCCGGGAUGAAGCCGAGGACUGGCUGGACCGGGUGCGGGAGGCGCUGCAGAAGUGCCGGCCCCAGCAGGAAGAGGAGUGGGUGACCAUCCAGUACCCGGACCAACCCGAGGACCCCCCAGAGGCCCCCCAGGGUGGCCACCCCUCCCAUUCGGACCUGCUCUCAGAGCCUGAAACCCCCCAGGGCCUGCAGUUGGACUGGUCCUCUUCCCAAGUUCCCGAGCCCGAUGCUAUUAAAGAAUCCCUUCUGUACCUGUACACGGACCGCACCUGGAUGCCCUAUAUCUUCUCCCUGUCCUUGGAGUCUCUGAGGUGCUUCUGCAUGAGAAACAACGAGACGAUGUUAAGUGACAGCCAUGGAGUCGAGACCAUCUGAGACAUCCUGCCGGACACAAGCCUCAGGGGCCCAUCCUUCUUCAAAAUCAUCACAGCCAACGCCGUCCUGAAGCUGCAGGCCGGGAAUGCCGAGGAGGCUGCCCUGUGGAGGGACCUGGUGCACAGGGUCCUGGCGUCCUACCUGGAGACGGCCGAGGAGGCAGUGACGCUCGGCGGGAGUCUGGAUGAAAACUGUCAGGAGGUGCUGAGGUUCACUACGUGGGAGAAUGGCUACCUGCUGCAGUAUCUGGUGGCCAUCCCCACGGAGAAAGGCCUCGACUCCCAGGGCUGCUUCUGUGCAGGCUGCUCCCGGCAGAUCGGCUUCUCAUUUGUACGACCCAAGCUCUGUGCCUUCUCUGGCCUCUAUUACUGUGACAUCUGCCAUCAAGACGAUGCCUCAGUGAUCCCAGCCAGGGUCAUCCACAACUGGGACCUCUCCAAGUGCCCGGUCUGCAGGCAGGCCCUGACGUUCCUGACGCAGAUCCGGGCCCAGCCCCUCAUCAACCUGCAGCUGGUGAACGCGUCCCUGUAUGAGCACGUAGAGCGGAUGCAUCUCAUCGGGAGGAGCCGGGAGCAGCGGAAGCUCCUGGGAGAUGACCUGGGGCUGUGCCGAAGCGGAGCCCUGAAGGAGCUGAGCAAGAGAAAUUUCCAAGGAAACUCUAUGUCUUACAUUGAUGAAAAUGUGUGGAAGGCAUACCGUUGGACUGAGACACUGAUUCUCAGUGACAAUCAUUUGACUGAAUUACAUAAGGACUCAUCUGAAGGCUUGCUAUCCGUCCAGUAUUUGAUCUUAGUUUCCCGACCAUGGAUUGAACCCAGGCCCUCGGAGUCCACUGGGCUGCCAAGGAAUUCCAUCUCCAGCUCCUUUAUCAAAGAGGAAAUGCUUGCAUAGUAUUUCUGUUUAUUUAGGGAAAUUUCCAAGGAAACUCUAUUUCUCACAUUGAUGAAAAUGUAUGGAAGGCAUACCGUUGGACUGAGACACUAAUUCUCAAUCGUAAUCCUUUGACAACAGUUGAAGAUUCUUACCUUUUUAAAUUGCCAGCGUUAAAAUAUUUGUAAGUAUUGCAGUUUCAUGGCUCAUGAGGUAAUUUCUGUUCUUUUUUACUUUCGUCAGAUUGAGUAUUUUGGCUAAAAAGCCAUAAUUUAAAUUUUAACUGGGUUAUUGAAAGAAGAGUUAUUGGCAAAGAAAAGGAUUAAGAAAGAAUAUAUAUGCGUCAGACAGCCAGCAGAGGAAGCGAACAGUGUUGAAGAGCACAUAUAGAUAUGGAACAUGUAGAUGCAUGCAGGACUAUUGUUUAUCCCAGAAAGCAAAAAAAAAGAGUGAUCAAAAGAGGUAGAUGCAAUUGAAAACAAAAAAUUAGGAUAAUAAAACAAAAUUGUACUAUUCAGCACCAAGGUCAUUAAUAUGAUGAUGCAAACUUAAAUUUCUUCCCUAAGAGCUGUUUGGAAUUAUCAGCUAUGGCAAAUAAGAAGCCAGAAUUGAAGGAAUCACAUGUUAAGUAUCUUUUUGAGUUUAGAAUUUUUGUCUUUCGGUUUAUAUCAUUGCAUGUUUGGGCUUCUCCUUCAGAGACAUGGGAAGAACACACGUGUCACUUACAACAGUUGAAAGCAUCCUGAUGAUGAACCUUGAAUUGGAGAAACUGUAAGUUGGUUU